AUGCCAGUUACACAUGGGUGCUGCUGUAUGGGCCACCAGGUUGUGCAAAAAACCAGUUUGGCACGUGCUGUGGCUGGUGCAACACAUACCACGUUCCUGGCGCGGAAACUGUUCCACCGAGCUCGCACCGCCGCUCCUGCCAUAUUGUUUAUCGACGAGAUAGAUGCCCUGGUGGGCUGUCGAGGCAAGAGAGAAAAAGGCUCCCAGGAGAGGGUUCUGACAACUUUCCUGACCGAGAUGGAUGGAGUGGGAGUGCAGUUAGACAAAGGCAUAUGUCAGGCAGGUGUAGUAGUGGUAGCGGCUACCAACCGACCGGACGUGUUAGAUCCUGCACUGACACGCCCUGGUAGGUUUGACCGUCUCAUCUAUGUUGGACCUCCAGAUGCCAGUCAGCGACUGGACAUACUCCGCACUGUCUCUAGCAAGAUGGCCCUGGCCGAUGAUGUGGACCUGGCCUGGAUAGCAGACAACACUGAGCUGUACUCUGGGGCAGACCUUGCUCACCUGUGUAAGGAGGCCGGCCUCAGUGCCUUGACUCAGGACAUGAGUGUAGAUGAGGUGAGACAUUGCCACUGGCUCGCUGCGCUAAAGGAUUCCAAGCCUUCCUUGACCCAGGAGCAAGUCAGGAGUUAUGAACGUCUAGCAGUGUCACAGGACUAAAUUAAAGGUGGAAAAGUGAACAUAUCAGCAGUGCACUGACUAAAAGAUUCCACACUACUGUCUGACUGCAGCUAGGCCAACAUCGGAGAUGAGGAAAAUAUUAAAAAUAAGUGUUAACAAUGCAAUUUUGUACACAUAUGUAUGAUAAAAUUUUAUUUUGUAAAC